AUGCCCGAGCCGAGGAGGAGAAGAGGAGCGCCCCCACGAGACUCCUCUCUCCUCGGGCUGGUCUAUUUCUGCCUGCUACACCUCAGCCUCUCGUCGGCCCAGCAGACGGUGCCCGUGGUGUCCACUGCGCAGGGGCGCAUUCGGGGCGUCCUGACACCACUGCCUUCGGACCUCCUGGGCCCUGUCAUCCAGUAUCUCGGGGUACCCUAUGCCAGGCCCCCGACCGGAGACCGCCGGUUCCAAGCACCAGAGCCGCCCCUACCCUGGCCAGGAAUUCGGAACGUGACCCAGUUUGCGCCGGUUUGCCCGCAGUCGCUAGAUGAGAGGAGCAUGCUGGGAGAUAUGAUGCCCUCAUGGCUCACGGCCAACCUGGACAUAGCUGCCACUUACUUGACCCACCAGAGUGAGGAUUGUCUAUACCUCAACAUCUAUGUGCCAACCGAGGAAGACAUCCACGAGGAGGGCGGGCAGAGGCCCGUGAUGGUGUACGUCCAUGGCGGCUCAUACACUGAAGGAACCGGAAAUAUGAUGGAUGGCAGCGUGCUGGCCAGUUACGGCAACGUCAUUGUCAUCACGCUCAACUACCGUCUGGGCGUGCUAGGAUUUCUGAGCACAGGGGACCAGGCCGCCAAGGGGAACUACGGCCUGCUGGACCAGAUCCAAGCCCUGCGCUGGGUCAAGGAGAACAUCGCAGCAUUUGGAGGAGACCCCAACAGGGUGACCGUCUUCGGCUCUGGAGCCGGAGCUUCCUGCGUCAGUCUUCUCACUUUAUCCCACUACUCUGAGGAUUUGUUCCACAGGGCCAUCAUCCAGAGCGGCAGCGCUUUAGCCAGCUGGGCCGUCAACUACCAGCCCAGCAAGUACGCCCGGCAGCUGGGGGAGCGGGUGGGCUGCGGCAUCGACGACAGUACCCAACUGGUAGCCUGCCUCCAGGGCCGCAGUUAUCGGGAACUGGUAGAGCAACACGUCACGCCCGCCAAGUACCACACGGCUUUUGCCCCAGUCAUCGACGGCGACGUCAUACCGGACGACCCGCAGAUCUUGAUGGAGCAGGGGGAGUUCCUCAACUACGAUGUCAUGCUGGGGGUCAAUCAAGGCGAGGGCGUCAAGUUCGUGGAGGGCAUCGUAGACUCUGAAGAUGGCGUCACGGCUGAAGAUUUUGACUUUGCCGUGUCGGACUUUGUGGAUAGUCUUUACGGAUACCCAGAAGGACGCGACACGCUUAGAGAAAGCAUCAGGUUCAUGUACACGGACUGGGCUGACCGUGACAACGCGGAGACCCGACGGAAGACGCUAGUGGCGCUGUUCACAGACCACCAAUGGGUUGCUCCGGCCAUCGCCACAGCGGACCUUCAUGCUCAGUAUGGCUCACCUACCUACUUCUAUUCCUUUUACCACCACUGCCAGAGUGAAGCAACGCCUCCCUGGGCAGACUCUGCACAUGGCGAUGAGGUGCCCUACGUGUUCGGUGUGCCCAUGGUGGGUCCCACAGAUCUGUUUAACUGCAACUUCUCCAAGAAUGACGUGAUGCUCAGCGCCGUAGUGAUGACCUACUGGACCAACUUUGCCAAGACGGGGGACCCCAACCAGCCUGUUCCCCAGGACACCAAGUUCAUCCACACAAAACCAAACCGCUUUGAGGAGGUUGCCUGGUCCAAGUACACCCCAAAGGAGCAACUCUACCUCCACAUCGGCCUGAAGCCCCGUGUCAGAGACCACUAUCGAGCUACCAAAAUCUCCUUUUGGCUUCAGCUGGUUCCUCACUUGCAUCACGUCAACGAGCUACUCCAGUCUGUGUCAUCCAUUACGCAUAGCCCGUCUCCACAGGACGACACUCCGUUCUCAUACACCAAGCGCAUCUCCAAGGGCUGGCCUCCCAGUAGCACCCGGCACCCGGGUUCUCAAGGAGGUACACCACAGCCACCAGAGUCGGCUCUAGGACAGGGCGGAGGUGAAAAUGGCGUCCACGUCCCGAACGAGGACUAUUCGACGGAACUCUCGGUGACCAUCGCGGUGGGAGCGUCGCUGUUGUUUCUGAACAUCUUGGCGUUUGCCGCCCUACUCUACAAGAAAGACAAGAGGCGGCUGGAGCACCGACGGCCCCGGCCGCUCCCUCCCCCGCGGCGAGAUAUCACGGCUGCGGAUGUAGCCGCUCACCUUCAGGGUGAAGGACUCAUGUCGUUACAGGUGAAGCAGCUAGAAUCUGACGCGGCGUCAGCGGACGAGAGAAACAACGCACACCAUCAUCACACUCUGGACACGCUGGACGCUCUGGACGGCUUGGACACGCAGGACAUCUACAGCACCCUGGACACCGUACGCCUCACCUGCCCUCCCGACUACACCCUCACCCUACGCCGUUCUCCCGACGACGUCCCCCUCAUGACCUCGCUCACCCCAGGCUCUCUCCCCGUCACGCCGGGCUCGCACACGGUGACCCCCGCCACACCUAUGACCCCUAUGACGCCCGGUUCUGUGGUUGGGAUGCGGAUGGGCCACCCUCACCAGGGAUACACGCACCAUAGUCCCUAUAGUAACACACACUUGCCGCACACACACAUCUCCACGCACACACACUCUACCACGCGGGUAUAA